AACCUACGAACAUGUUGGAUAUGAAAGCCAUUAUUUGGUUGGAGAAUUAUCUACAGGUAAUUGUACCAAGAAAUAUGUUAGAAUUGUUUUGUUUUAAAAGUAUUAGCAAUAAAACUUGUGAAAAUAAGCAAAUAAAACUCAAAUCAAUUACAAAGUACAGAGAAUAAGAAAUUCAUGGUUAAUAGUGUUUUAAUUUUUUUUUAACAAAGUGCCAUGGUUCAUAGCACUUAUGUAUAGGACUUAACAAAAGGAGGGCGACAAAAUGUAUUGCUGACAGUAGGAAAAUUAUACAACUUGGAACAGGUUAUAAUGAUUGCAUUAAUUCACUAUCAAGUUGUGAUGAUGAUUUCUCCAUUUUUAUUGUCUUUGUUCAAUAGACUUGGCCCACUACUAUUCUAGUAGUGUCUCACGACAGGCUUUUCUUAGAUGCCAUUUCUACAGACAUAAUCCAUCUACAUUCAUGUAAGCUGGAUAGCUACAAAGGGAACUACGAAGUCUUUCACAAAACCAGAGAUGAAAGGAUGAAAAAUCUACGUAAAGAGUAUGAGGCACAGAAACAGUACAGAGACCAUAUACAGGUAAGUUGUUGUUUUUUUUAAAUUCAAUUCUGGCCCUUUUGUCUCAAAGGUUGAUAGUUUUAAAACAAAUGUGAGGGUGGCAGUAUCAACUCAAGCAACUUAGAGUGCAGUACUAAAGACCAUUCUAGAUAGAGUUUUUUUAUAUGUCAUGGGGUCCCCCGGUUCUCCGGUUGACAAGUCUGUGGUGGCUUGUCGAUUAGGAGGCGUCGGCCACUGACCCCCUCAACGUUCCCCGGGGAACACAACUACUGGGCGCGCCUGCGUGGGCAGACAAGGGAUGUGCUCGGUACCUGCCGUACAUAGAACAGCUCCCACAGGGCUGCCAGUUUGGGAUAAUUCCCAGCUGGAAGAAAAGGCAGAGACAGGGUAGGGAUCAUGAUUACAAGUUGCCGUUAAUGGAUGAGAGGCGAAGGUGGUAACCUCUGGCCGAUGAUUCUUUCUACGCAGCCUUGAGAAGCUGCUCUAAGGCAACCGUUUUGUCCCAGCUACAUCAGGAAUUAGUUGUGGUGUGGAAACCCACUGUGGAAGCCCUCUUAUUGGGCGUCUAACGCUUCCCCGGGAUGGGAGGGGGAAGAUAUUAGGACGUACAUUUUUCCGGUUUGGGGAGGAGUGUUUUGGGGAGGGCAUAAAGAGCGCAAGCUCGACGGCCCGCUGACGCCAUGGGGUAAUGACCUGAACGAAGACUUUUUUUAUGUUAUGUGAAUGAGAGAAAACUUACUUGUGUGAAUGAGAGAAAAACUUCAUCUCUCUGCCUUAAUACAUCAUUAGAAAAAUGGAAUUAAAUAGAAACAUUAAGUCUACCAUGAGACAUAAUUUGUGUUGCUGGCAAGGCUGGACAAUAUCUUGAAAAAUCUUACAGCAUUGCAUGGUCAUUUCUGACAUUGUCUUUUUUGUACAUUACCAGCUGUUUAUUUCUGACAUUGUCUUUUUAUAUACAUUACCAUGUGGCCAUUUCUGACAUUUUUUGUACAUUACCAGCUGUUUAUUUCUGACAUUGUCUUUUUUGUACACUACCAGGUGUUCAUUGAUUAAAUGUCAAUUUUGUAAAUUAUCAGGUGCUCAUUAAUAGAUUGUCUUUUUUGUACAUUACCAGGUGUUCAUUGAUAGAUUCCGCUACAAUGCCAACAGGGCAGCUCAAGUACAGAGCAAACUUAAACUAUUAGAAAAAUUGUGAGUUUUAACUUUACAUACUAUUCUUUUCUUAUGCCAAUCGUAUAGUUAUUAUGUGAGUUCACACAGUCCUACUCACUAUUUUUAUCUUAUGUAUACUCUAAUAGUCAUACUAAUAGAUACUUAUUGUUUACUUUUAUUCAAAGGUCAAAUGAUAAAAAUUUAUUUUCCAUUCAAUAGGCCUGAAAUUAAGCCACCAGAAAAAGAGACUGAAGCUGUCUUGAAGUAAGUUUGUUUGUAAGAGAAGUUGGAGAAAAAUGAAAAGUUUAUAGCAUCCUAAUUUUUCAUGAACUGGUUUGUCUGGCAAACGCUUGCAUCCAAUGAACUGGUUUGUCUGACAAAACCUUACAACCAAUUAUUUAAAUGAUAUAUUUGUGUUUUGUAGUGCCGGUAGAGUUAUCCCAUUGAUUCAAGGAAUACAUCACUUAACAAAUGUUCAUCCUUAUCAUUUCCAGAUUCCCCGAGUCUGAAAAGUUGUCUCCCCCCAUAUUGCAACUGGACGAUGUCACUUUUUAUUACAACAAAGACAGAAUUCUCUUCAACAAAGUUUGUGUCAAUGCAAACAUGGACUCAAGAAUUUGUAUUGUAAUAUUUUUUUUUUCUUUCUUAAAAAAAAAAUGCUUUAGAAAAUAAACACAGUAUGAAAGGGUGAAAUCCUCUCUCAUAAGGCUAAAAUCACUUUUUUAGUUUGAAAACUCCAAUCAGAGAACUAUGUUUGAAGCAGCUAGUCUUGACUGUAAUUCAUUCUCGGUUUGUUAUUAUCUAGGUUGGUGACAAUGGCGCUGGUAAAACAACAUUGCUGAAAUUGUUGCUAGCUGACCUGGAGCCCUGCAGUGGCCACCGUCACGCACACAGGAACUUACGAAUCGGCUACUUCAGUCAGCACCACGUCGACCAGCUGGAUAUGAGUGUCAACUCUGUACAACUUUUAGCUAACAGAUUUCCAGGUGAGAAGUAACUGAUGAAAGUAUUUGUAAGCUUGGAAUAACAAAAUGCACUGGUCCAUGUUGAGAUAUCUUUUACCAUCUAGAAAAAUACGCACCAAUUAAUUAUCCUUGUAAAAACAAUUUGAACAUUGCCUGGCCAAUAAUGCGUUUAUUAUUGUCACCCAUCUUAUUAACAAGGCAACAUAACUAGUAGAAAAGUGGGCAACAGUGGAUAGAAGAGUGGGCAGCAUAGCUGUGGAAGAAUGGGGCAAACAUAGCUGGUUGUGGUAGUGGGGCAUCAAUUUUAAUAUAUGAAUAUUAAAAAGUACCAGGUAAAAAUUAUGAUUUAAACAAAAAAAAGUUUUAUUAAAUAUUUUUAAUUUUUGCAACUUUGAGCAGUAAGAAAUUUUACCAGCUCCAAGCUAAAAGACCCUGCUCCAGCUCCACUCAAAAUCCCUGAUUCUGAAAAAAGCAAAUGAAGACCUCAAGGGAAAAAACGGCAGUCCAUUUUUAAUUUUUUUAAGUGAUCACCCCUGACUUAUAGCCAGUUAAAAAUAGAAGGUGCUGCAUUAAGUUUAAAGGAGAAAAAAUGGCUAAGUCUAUAAGAAAAAUGGAAACGAAAAAUCCGUUUACAAUGGAAAAAGAAGCAUAGUCCAAUGUUUACAAUGGAAAAAGGGGCUAAGUCACUAUUAUCACGUGACAUUUGAAGUCACAUGAUUUAAAGGUCCAAUGAGAGAUAGCUAUAGUGUAAACAAAAUUUAAAGAUGGCGACCGAUUCGCUCAGCUGACCGACAAACCGACGAAAAAGUUAACAGACAGACCUGAAUUUUUUUAAUUUCCUACCACAAGAAAACAAAACAAAUUAACAUAAGCACGAUAAAUUGGACAUAAAACAUUAACAAAAAUAAAAUUUGUAUUUUUAAAUCGCAUUUUACCCUUGUUUUGUUAUGUUCAGUUAAUUAAUGUGUGUAUCCGUCUCGUCUCUUUCGCUGUCGCUCUAACACUAGUCAAGUCUAGUCUAUCACUUUUUGUUGCAUGUCUGUGUCUCUCCUUUUCACUCUAUCUCAGUUAGUUUGUAUAUCUCUCUCCCUUUCGCUCUAACUCUGUGUCUGACUCCCCCUGAACUCUUUAUCUUCGAGUGUCUGUCUUGCUAUCUCGGUCUGUUACUCUUUACUGACUUUACUCUUAAACUUAAGUUCAUACAGUUACAGCUACUGCUAGAGGAAAAAAACUAAUAUUGGGCCAAAAUUGUAAGAAGCACAUCAGAAACUUAGAAAGUAUGAUUUUAUAUCUGAUUUUCAGUUUAAAUUCUAAAUAAUAUAUUUUUUUAAUGAUAGUUAUAGGCAUGAUAGAUAUUCUUAUAUUAAUAGUUUAAACAAAAAUAAUUUGCCUAAGGCAGGGGUCAUUCGUAAAUUACAUCACGUUAAAAAUAAACUUUUUAGACACCCCCUCCCCUUGUCACGAAAUGUCACAAAUUCUCCCCCUCCCCCCUUGUCACAUCACCUAAAAAAACUCAAAACAUACAUAAAAUUUUCAUAACUAAACUAAGAUAUUAUUUUAUUCUUCAACAUUUUCCCAUAAUGCAGCAGUUCUAAACCUGUGGGUAGCGACCCCUUUAUGGGUCGAAUGACUCCUUUAAAGGUGUCACAUAAGACAAUCGGCAAAUGCAUAUCCUCUACAGUUAUAAAGUACUAACGAAAAUAGCUUUAUGGUUGAGGGUUGCCACAACAUGAGGAACUGCAUUCAAGGGUCGCGGCAUUAAGAAGGUGGAGAAACAACAAAAAUGUGACUCUGCCGUUUUUUCCCUUGUGGUCUUCAAAUGUAAUUUUUUUAAUUGACAGGUUUGGCACAAGAGGUGUAUCGUAAUCAGCUGGGGUCAUUUGGUGUAUCUGGUGAUUUAGCGUUGCGUCCGGUGUCAAGUUUAUCAGGAGGACAAAAAAGUCGUGUAGCAUUCUCAGUAAUGAGCAUGACCAAGUAAGUUAUAUAAAUCACCAGCUAUAAUUUAAAAGUAGUUACUUAUUUUUGUAUUCUCUGCCUUGAACUCGUUAUGUUUGUUUUUUUCAAUUAUAUUUAAAUUUAAUUUAAUGGCCAAAUAUUUGUUAUCCAUGCAUUAUUUUUAUCAACAACAUUUUUUUUUCUCCCUAUUCUUUAGCCCCAACUUCUUUAUCCUUGAUGAGCCCACAAAUCAUUUGGACAUGGAAACAAUUGAGGCUCUUGGGGAGGCCCUGAACAAAUUUCAGGUACUAGUAUUACCAAGGAAUAUUUAUAUUGUUUAUAAUUAUCAUCUGGAAUGAUUGAUCAUCAGUUGGAAUGAUAGUUUUAAUAUAGGCUCAUCAGCUGAAUGAUUGUUUAUUACAUUAAUGAUUAAUAUUGGGUCAUCAGCUGGAAUAAUUGUUUAUUACAUUAAUAUAAGGUCAUCAGCUGGAAUGAUUGUUUAUUAUGUAUGAUAAUCAGCGGGAAUGACCAUUAUUUUAAUGAUGGUCAAGAGUUUAAAACUAGGGUACAUUUCUUUUUCUUCUUAGGGAGGUGUCAUUUUGGUUUCUCACGAUGAACGCCUGAUACGUAGCAUUUGUAAAGAGCUGUGGGUUGUAAAUGCUGGAACAGUUGCAUCGUUAGAGGGAGGCAUUGAUGAGUACAAGCGUCUUGUACAGAUUGAGCUUGAGUCUCAUUAGCUAAAGUAAAAGUUCUGCCGGCUUAUCUUGUGAAUAUUGGAUUAAUUUAUAUUCAUUGUAGAUCUUGAUCAACAGAUAUAUUGAAGUUGUUUUUGGAGAACAUAAAGAGGGAAAAGAGAGCAUUAUGGGCAAUUUUUGGUGAAGCUCUUUUUAAUAUUGCAAUAUUCACUUAACAUUACUUGAAGCAACUUAUUAUAUUGGGAGUCAUACAGAGGUAAAUAUAAUGAAUUUUCAAAAUACAAAUUGUUAUUUGAAGCCGGUUUGUUUUAAAUUAAUUUAAAUUGUUUAACUCAUUGUUAUAUUCUGCAAUUUAUUUUUGUUAUUCAUUUGAAAUGGGCAAUCUAUAUAGGAGAAAUAGUUCUUUUGCACUCACCUUACAUGAAACCAAUUUUAUGUAGUAGGCCUGUAUUUGAAAGUCACUGCCCAUUUCAUUGAAAUUAAAUAGAAUUUUGUAAUUGUAAUUUAAGAAAACUGUGUUCCCCUCCAUCUACGUCAUAUUCAAGAUGGUGCAGAUAAUUAUCCAAUGAUUUCAGUAAAUUUGAGAUGGAAUUAAUAUAACAUUAAACAAGCCCUUGAUUAGCCCUUUCAUGAACAAAAAUGUGCAAUCUUGAGGAACAUUUUUUUUUUAAAAAUGCAUUGUCAGAGAUAUUAUACCAAAAGUUAUUUAACUUGACUAACAGAAUUAAUUAGUACCGGUUUUUCAAGAACUAAGCAACACAGGGUAGAGGAAAUACUUUUUAAAAACAGACAACACAAAAUAGUAUUGUUUAUUGUCUUUCAAUAUUUCCUUACCACCUUUUCCAUAAAGUCACCCACCAAGGUAUUCUGUCAAAUAUUUCACACUGCCAAACAAUGUUAAUUAGGGUUGUAACAUUUCAUAGCAACAAAAUUUAUUCUUGAUGUCAAUUAAAAGAUUUUUUUAAAGUACCGGUACAUUCAUAUGUACAUGUGAUGUAUUUAAAAAAAAAGAACUGAACACUGAAAUGAAAAAAUGAUAAAGCCCAUUAUAAUCUCA